CUUUGUUCCGGGUUAAAAUAAGUGGAGCCGGGCAGCGAACAAGCGCACAAGCGCACAAACCCGUGACCACACUGAAAAAUUCGAGCCCACAAUCCGUCGGCAUCAUCAGCGACAACACCAUCGACAGAACCUAACGAAACCCUUUCCCCGUUCAUCCGCCAAAUACAGUCAACAUGGGUAAGGUCCACGGAUCCCUCGCUCGUGCCGGUAAGGUCAAGGCCGCCACUCCCAAGGUCGACAAGCAGGAGAAGCCCAAGACCCCUAAGGGCCGCGCCCGCAAGAGGAUCAUCUACACCCGUCGUUUCGUCAACGUCACCAUGACCGGUGGCAAGCGCAAGAUGAACGCCAACCCCAGCUCGUAAAGAACGCACUCUGCGAGGGUUUGAUCGUCCGGCGAUCGGGAGUCCCCUAGGUCGCCGUGGCGAAGGGAGGCUGAGAAUGUGAUGCAUAUUUGCGUUGGAGCCAUACGUGGCAUUUGAAACGGUCUCUUUUUUGCUUCUGAUCUUGCGAAACGGGUUCAAAGAGUCGGUUUAGGAUGAAUAAUGUUCAGUUAUCGAACUUGACAUAGGGGCGAAUACAAUCACAUAUUCGGCUUCUCAAAGAUCUACUGAGACGACACGGCCAUGCUUCAUCGUACAUUGUUCCCCCGAACAACCUUGACAGUUUCCAGCUUGGUUGGAGGACGACUCUGGCGGCUUAGCUCCAGUAUGACACAGGAGGUGGCGGAGUCAGUCUUUCCACUAGUGGAUUCGCCGUUCUCGCAUAUCCCUCGUCCAUCUUUUCGAUGAGGGGCUGAAUAUGUCGGAUGGCAAGGAGACGUCAUGUAGAUCUACGCUGCAUCUUGUGGUUGGAAUGGCCUGGCUUGUCAAACGUUCUCCGUAGACAUUACCGAGCGUGGCUCAAGACCCAAGAUGCAGGCGGGCAAAGAAAGUGUAGCUUUACCUCCUAACUCAUUGGUCCUGGUUCCUUGUAGUGUAUCUUUGAUUGUUCGAAAUCUUAAAUCUACUACACCUACAAACGCACGCCGACCUUGUUCAGAACCCCAACACCUUCAUUCCUAGCGCUCAGGAUACUGCGCGUGUAAAGC